AUGCCCUCGACUGCUCGCAAGACGUGGUUUUCCCUUACUUUCCUCGUUGCGCAGUGUUUUGGGGCUUUUUUCGAUGAUAUAUCAGUUCUUCCCCAACACAGCUAUGAUUUCAUCGUUGUUGGUGGAGGUACAGCAGGACUAGUGGUCGCGAAUAGGCUCAGCGAGAAUCCUAAAGUUUCGGUUCUUGUCAUUGAAGCCGGUGUUUCGUGA